AUGCGUAACCCGUCCGCCAGGAGUGUAGCACCUGUGCUUGCACUGAUGGUGCUCCUCGCGGCCAUGACCCCCACCCAAGCCCUUACCUUCGAGACGACAACCUCGCUGAGGGUGAGGCAUGUCGAGAGUUGGUCGUCUUCUGAAGGCAUCUUCCUCGGCAUCGGCGUCCGCUUCUGCUCGGGGCAGUUCCGAAGUGGCCUCCGCCACAGCCUCGGCGACGGCCUCGGCGGUCGCAAACCCACCGCCAUCGCUGAGGCCGUCGCCACCGCCAUGGCCUCAGCCGUCGCCCAGGCAUCAUGCUGCGGCGGCAGUAGCGCUGUGAAGGCCGCAGCACAGUCCAUCGCCACCGAGACCAAGAGCGCCAUCGCCAAGGCGGUGUCUGACUCUUCCGCAUCCGCCAGCAACGGUGGCACCAGCCAGGCCUCGGCUGUCUCGGAGGCUGUGGCGUCCGUCACCGCCACUGCCCUGGCAAAGGCCCUGGCGACCGUCUCCGGCUGCACAGCGUCUGCGGACACCUCUGCCACCGCCACCGUGACCACCGGCUCCCAGGGCAGCACCCCCAGCUCCGGGGGGUCGGCCGGCAGCAACGCCGGCGCGUCUGCCAGUGGCAACGGCGCCGCGUCCGCCAGCGGCAUGGCCGGCGCAUCCACGGGCUCCGCCUUCACCCCCAUGCCCUCCGUCAUCACCUUCCAGCCCUUCGCGUGCUUCGGCCCCGUCAAGGACAGCUGCUGCGUCAGCCCCUACCCCCAGACCUGCAACGGCGGGCAGUACACCAAGUGUGUCGCGGACCUCGAGGCCGUGAAGGAGGCCCUGCUGGCCUGCCCAGACGACCCUGAGCUCCUGGAGGCCAAGCAGCUCCUGGAGGAGUCCCUGGAGGGCGCUCAGGAGGAUGCGCGCCUGCCCGACGAUGGGACGCUGAUCCAAAAAGAUGGCUCCUGCUCCGCCUCGCCCAGUCUACCCCAGGCAGCGACGCCCCCGCCCGCCCCGCUGCCUCACGCCCCGCGCGUGGCGGGCCGUGGCGCGCCCAACAACGCCCGCAUCAACCCCCGCAGCCGGUACGCACAGGAGGAGCCCGACUUUGGCGACCUGGCGCAGGCCUACCCUUACCUCAGACCGUUCCUGGUCCCCAGGGGCACAGGCCGUCCCUCGCUCAAUUUCCGUGACCCGCGCGCCUGCGUGGCGCUGACGCGGGCGCUGCUGGCGCGCGACCACGGCCUGCGCUGGGACCUGCCGCCCGGCCACCUGGCGCCGCCGGUCACCGGGCGAGCCAACUACGUGCACUGGGUGCAGGACCUGCUGGCGCUGAGCGCGCCGGAGGGCGGGGAGGUGUGCGGCCUGGACGUCGGCACAGGGGCCAACCUGAUCUACCCGCUGCUCGGCGCGGCGCUGGCCGGCUGGCGGCCUGUGCGCACCGAGGCCUCGGCCGUGCUGCGCGCGCUGUGCGAGGCCGCGCGGGGAUCCGGGCGCGUGCUGCGCGAGGUGGAUCCCCAGGCAUUCUCGUUGACGGUCGAGGUGGGCGGCGGCGGCGGCGGCUUGGGGGGGGGCGUCGCAGCGGGCGCCAAGCGGCCGCGUGAGGCUCCCACCAGUGGUCCCGGGGACGACCGGGGUCCACACCCGGCGCUGGCUCGCUUCCAGGUGUUCCAGCAGGCGCGGGGCGAGCAGACGGUGGCGGCCAGCCUGGAGGGCGCGAGCGUGGGCGGGGACUUUGCGGAACUGGUGUCGGCCAUGUGGGCGGCCCUGGACGGGCUGUGA